AUGUAUAAUUCUAUUAAAAUAUUUGUUUAGAGUAAUAACCUAUAUUGGAGUUCAAACAAGUUCCUUAUCUGGAAAAUAAUGAAUUAAUAACUUACUCUAGAAUUGAAGAAGGAUCACUUAGAUCAAUUGGAAGAGAAAUCUAAGGAACUUUCAAGAUAAUUAGAAGAAAUGAAUCUAAAAAUGAGUAACUUGAACCAAUAGAGAUAAUAAUUUUUAGGGAGAAUAUAAAAUCUCAAAAAAGAAAUUGAUGCAGAAGAAACAAAAAGGAAAUAACUCACUCAAUAACUAGAAAAUUAAUAAUAGACUUUAGAUUCUAAAAAGUCAGAAUUAAAAGUUCAAUUCGAUGAGGCAUAAAUAGAGAGGAAUGAAUUUUAAACAUAACUGGGUAUGGAAGUUCAAAGGAUCAAUCAACUGACUUAAGAAUAUAGAGAAUCUGUCAAAAGCACAACUAGUGACUCGACCAAAUAAAUAUAAUCAAGACUUGAUUAAUUAUACGAAUAAAAUCGAAAAUUGAAAGACGAAUUAGAAUUACAACAAGAAAGCUAAUAAACUAACUAAAAUAAAGAGCAUUAAAUAUAGAGAUUAUAAGAAAUUGUUGAAAGCAAAGAAAGAUACAAAAGGUAAGUUGAUUAAGAAUCGAAACUAAUACAAGAUGACAUUGAUUAGUAUGAGUCUCAAAUACAAAUGAGGGAUCAAAAUAUCAAUCAGUUAAGUUUCGAAUUAAAAUAAGAAGAGAAAAAACUCAAAACCUUAAUUUAAUAGGUUGAUUCUAUGAAAGAAUAGAUCAAACUCAAUGAUGAUAGAAUUCGUCUAAAAAGUUAACAGAUUUCCUAAUUAGAGGAGAAAGCCUUGUCUGUCUUUAAAAAUUCUGGAAAUAGGUAGUAGUUAAAUGCCCUAAAACAAGAUGUUGAACAUCAGGAUUUGAUGUAUGAUCAAGAAUUAAGGAAAAAGUAAGGAGAAAUUACACAAUCAAAAAUAGCUUUGGGAAACAAUAAAAAAUAAUAAAAAGAACUUGAAGAAAAUCAAAGACAACUUAAAAUAAAGUAAGGAAAGGAAUUGCAAAUGAAGUUUAAAGAGAGCUUUGGUUAACUUGAAGUUUGCUUCUUAAUAGAUUCAACAGCAUCAAUGGAGCCUUAUAAGAGAUAAGCUCAGCUUUGUGUUAAAGGAAGUGUGAAGGCAAUCAAAGUAUUAACAUAGAGAGACACAAGUUGGUCUACUGUAUGUUACGUUGAUACAGACAUCUUACCAAAGUUGGGAGGAAUGUAUCAAUAGUAUGGGUUCACAAGAGAUUCAAAUGAAUUAGAAAGGUUUAUUGAAUAAGUCAAAUGUACUCCUAAUAGAGAUUUGCCAGAAGAUGUAGAAGGAGGCAUGAAAUAAAUGUUGAAUAAUAUACCCUGGUAAACCAAAUUUAAGUUAGCUAUAUUAAUUUGUGAUUGCCCAUGUCAUGGAACUAAGUUCCAUAAUUAUCGUAAAAAUGAGGAUUUCUAACCAGAUGCUGAUUUCACUCCAACUAUCGAAAGAAUGAUUUAGGAGGAAAUAUUCUUCAUAGGAAUUAUAUUUACUAAACAUACAAUCAAGAUGUAUGAGGAAAUAACAAAAAUAUAUCAGAGACACGGAAAGGAAGAAUAUUUUAUUUUAUCAGAUUUAAGUAAUAUUUCUUAAGACUUAUAAUAUGAAAAAUUAACUGAAGUCUUAAGCUUUGCAUCUGCAUAAGCAACAUAAACAAAUGUGAAAACUACAAGAACCUUAAACCAAGCCAAUGCCAUUUUAAAAAAUGAAGAAAGCAAAAAUUCCCCUGCUAGUCCAGUUGAAGCCCUUUGCAAAGUCGAUCUCAAGUAAGGUCUAAAUGCAGACAAUGCUGUAAGAGAGACUUUUAAGGUCUUUAGACUUUAAAUGAAAGAAGAAUCUUUCUAAGAGAAAAUGAAAGCCAUUUAGAAUAUUGGAGUUAAUGAUUUCUCAUUGAUUGAAGAAAAUGAUUGGGAUUGCUUGAGAUCAAAAAAUGCAUUUGCAAAAGGAGCAAUGAAAGCAGCCUUUUUGAUGAUUAAAUCUAAAAAUAUGGGUUCUAAGAAUGAAUUCUACGUUUGUAAGACUCCUUUGAAUAUGCAACCCUAUCCAAAUUAGGAGAGUGCUAUUAAAGAAUGCAUAUUGCAUUUAGUGAGUCAGAAGUGGUUGAGAAAGUAUUACAAGGAUUUGGAUGAAGUAGCAGCAUCAACAAAAUAGCAAUAUCCACAAAUCAGUUACUCAGAUAUUCUCUUGCUCCAAGAUGCAAAUAAAAAAUUUUGGUUGGCUGAGAGAUUCUUUGAAGGUAAUUUUAUUAAGUACAAUAACAAUUGGGGAUUUGUGAAUAGCUCAACGGAUGAUAUUAAUAAAUUAGCUCAAUGCUUUUCUUAUUAUACAUACUUCAAAAGCGAUUAUCAAUAUUUGAUAUGCGAUAUUCAAGGAGUUGGUACUUGUUUGACAGAUCCUGCAAUUUGUACUAAAAAUAAUCACAAAAUCGAUCCAACUGAUAUGGGCGAGGAAGGAAUAGGAAGAUAUGUAGUGUCAUUUGGGGCAGUUAAGAAUAGUUGCACAAAUAUAUUAAAGGCAUUAAAAAUAGAAUUAUGA